CCCACGCGAGCUUCCGUAGGCCGGCCCACUAACAUGGCGGUGUCCGUGUGCUAACGUGAGAGUGACGGCUUCUUCUAAUGAGAGGAGGCAAAACCGCCCCCCACCAAAAAAAACCCCACUAUCAAUCCAGACGGAGUUCCAAGUAACACGAACCUGUCACCUUGAGGAGACACACGUAUUCCGGUGUUGUAACUUUAUGCUAGUGCGGCCCGCUCGGCUGUUCCUGCGCAACUUCACCCACCUUUGCCUGCACCCGCCCACCGCAGCAGCGCGUCGGUGGUGCGCGGGUUGUGCUAUGGAACCCCCGAAAACAGCUAAUCCCGACCUUGAGGUUAGCGUCGCCAAGCCAGCGAUGGUCAAGAGCCAGGAGGAGUCACCUCUUAUCGGGCUUCUACCGGGAGAGACGGUGGUGAAGGAGGGAAAAGCCUCCAUCUUGUUUCCCAGUGCCAACGAAGUGUUUUACAACCCGGUCCAGGAGUUUAAUAGAGAUUUAACUUGUGCGGUGAUCACGGAGUUCUCCAGAGAAGUGCUGGCUCAGCGUGGCGUUAAGAUCCUGGUGCCCGGCGAGAAGGAGCGAGUUGUGGCGUCGCUGUCGGAUGAAGCCAGCGAGGCUGACCCGCAGGAGGGGAAGACCGACGUCGAGGGGGACACCGUUGUCACGGCGACGGCAGGGCAGAAAUGCCAGCACGGGCUGCGCAUCCUGGAAGGCUUAGCGGCGUCGGGUCUGCGCUCGGUGCGUUUCGCGUUGGAAGUGCCGGGCCUUCAGAGCGUCACCGCCAACGACUUCUCCUACAAAGCUGCCGCCCUCAUCGCCAGGAACGCCGAGUACAACAAGGUGGGAGAGAUCCUUCAGGCCACCUGCAAGGACGCCAGCAUGCUUAUGUACGAGAAGCGAGGGAAGAACGAUCGCUACGACGUCAUCGAUCUCGAUCCAUACGGCAGCCCGGCUUCAUUCCUGGACGCCGCCGUGCAGUCUAUCAGCGACGGAGGCCUGUUGUGCAUCACGUGCACCGACAUGGCCGUGUUAGCGGGGAACAGCGGCGAGACGUGCUACAGCAAAUACGGCUCCGUUUCCAUCAAAGCCAAGUACUGCCACGAGCUGGCUCUGCGCAUCAUCCUGCACAGUUUGGACCAGCGGGCCAACGCCUACCAGCGAUACAUUCAGCCGCUGCUGUCCGUCAGCGUGGACUUCUACAUUCGGGUGUUUGUGCGCGUCUUCACGGGUCAAGCCGUCGUCAAAAACUCAGCCAGCAAACAGGCUCUGAUCUACAAUUGUGUCGGCUGCGGGUCGUUCCACUUGCAGAAGAUGGGCAGGAGGACCGACAACGGCAAACAUAUGAAGUACUCGGCAGCCACUGGACCACCGGUGGGACCAACGUGCGAGCACUGUGGUCAGAGGCAUCAGCUGGGCGGUCCGAUCUGGGCAGAAGCCAUCCACGACCGGCCCUUCGUCCAGAAGGUUCUGAGCGCCGUUUCUACCAACCCGUCUCGCUUUGAGACGUCCAAGCGCAUCGAGGGGAUACUGAGUAUGGUGACUGAGGAGCUGGAGGACGCGCCCCUUUACUACACGGUGGAUAGUCUGAGCAGUACCAUACACUGCAAUACGCCACCUUUGCUGCAGUUCAGAUCUGCGCUGCUGCACGCCGGUCACAGAGUUUCCCUCACACACGCCUGCAAAAAUGCCAUCAAGACGGACGCACCGCCCGCCGCCAUCUGGGACAUCAUGCGCUGCUGGGAGAAGAGCAACCCGGUGAAACGGGAGAAGCUCUCGGAAAUGACGCCCGCCUUUAAGAUCCUGUCCACCGAGCCCAGCUUUGAAGCGUGUUUCACCGUCCGGGCCGACGCCAACCCCCAGUCCCGUCAGCGCCACCUGACCCGCUUCCAGGAGAACCCGCAGGCCUUCUGGGGACCUAAAGCCAGAGCAAAAGCAGGUGGCGGCAUCUCCAACAACCUGCAGCAGAGGCGCAUGAAGAACCAGAAUAAGCGCAAGGGCCAGAUUACAGACUCGUCUCAGCUCAAGAGCUCCCCCUGCAAAAAGUUCAAACGGGGCACGUGCACGUAUGGCGACGAAUGCUCAUAUUCGCAUGACCCCGAUUGCAUCACCCAAGAGAAAAUGGAGUGAAUGGCGGUAAAGUCAGUUGAGUUUCACAAUCAAAAAAAGUUUUUUUUUUUUAAUUACCUUUUUUUUGGGGCUCUGACUGUUGUAACGGUCCAAUAAAGCCUGACUUAUAACUUGAAA